GCAAAUAUGGCCGAACUAAAUGUGAAUCAACAGAUUAAACCCGAUGCCAAGCAGAAUGCUGAUAAAAGCCAGGUCGUCCAAGUGCAGGCAGUUCCGGCGGCUCUGCAGGAACUGAAAAAACUGCAGGAAGAACAGAGAAAGGAAGAGGAUGAGGAAGAUCACGACGAGCAGAAACUGCAGGUAAAAUCGGAAGUGCUGAACGCGAUAGAACUUCCAGAAGUGGUGGAACAGCCGAAACCGCAAACAAUAAACGAAAUCGAACCUAAAAGUGAGGAGUCCGACACGGAAAGCAGCACCAGCACCAGCGACGGAGAGGUUGGCCCGUACUUGAGCGAGGAAGAGGAGUACGAGGACUACGGCGAUGAUUUAGAUCAGGAGAUCUAUUUUGAUGACGAUGCCCAAUUAGAGGACUAUGAACAUUUUUUUUAACUCAACCGAAAACCAUGUUGGCAUCGGGACAAACAACUUUUUAACGAAUUAAACAGACUGCAUGACAG